GCGGUGAGGUCCUCCCGGCCUUGACAGGCAGAGACCCUUAGCAGGUACCCGGGGCCGGCCCGGACGGAGGCAGAACGACCACAGGGGCUCCUGGUGGAAGGCGCUGUAACGCCUGUCAAAGCGUUGUGGGCGGGCAGACUGCACACUCGGGGACUUGUAAUAUUUUUGGAGUUGGUUUUUCUCAUUGCGUCCCUCAAGGGGCUCCACAUGUUCUUGGGAAUGCGGACAGCGCCACUGAGACUUGAGUGACUUCUGUUUGCAGUUUGAAAUUGGCCUUUGAAGUUUGCAUUUGGCGGAGUGGUGUAAGAGCCAGGACCGGAUGUGUCAGCCAUUCAGUUUCAAAGCAGUGGUGACUGCUCCCCGCAGCCUCUCUGGCGUGGCUGGGGACCGCGGCUCGGGUGCGGUGCUUCCUGCUCGGUGCAGCUGCGCGGGCCGCCCGCCUGACUGAGGGAUUCCAGGGGUCACAGUGCGGUGGGCUUCGGCUCACAUAGCCCUGUAGUGCCAAUGCAUUACGUCGCGAGAUGGAGAAUAAAGAAACUCUCAAGGGGUUGCAUAAGAUGGACGAUCGCCCAGAAGAACGAAUGAUCAGGGAGAAACUGAAGGCAACCUGUAUGCCAGCCUGGAAGCACGAGUGGCUGGAGAGAAGAAAUAGGAGGGGCCCUGUGGUGGUAAAACCAAUCCCUAUUAAAGGAGACGGUUCUGAAACUCACAGCUUGGCAGCUGAGUCUCCAGGAGAAAGCCAGGCAAGCACCACUUCACCAGCUCCCAAGGGCCGCCGCAGUCCUUCUCCCGGCAGCUCCCCGGCGGGCCGCACAGUGAAAUCUGAAUCUCCAGGAGUAAGGAGAAAGAGAGUCUCCCCCGUACCUUUUCAGAGCGGGAGAAUCACACCACCUAGAAGAGCUCCUUCCCCGGAUGGCUUCUCACCAUACAGCCCUGAGGAGACAAACCGCCGUGUAAACAAAGUCAUGCGGGCCAGGCUGUACUUACUGCAACAAAUAGGACCCAACUCUUUCCUGAUUGGAGGAGACAGCCCAGACAAUAAAUACCGGGUGUUUAUUGGGCCUCAGAACUGCAGCUGUGGACGUGGAACAUUUUGUAUCCAUCUGUUAUUUGUUAUGCUCCGGGUGUUUCAACUAGAACCUUCAGACCCAAUGUUAUGGAGAAAAACUUUAAAGAAUUUUGAGGUUGAAAGUUUGUUCCAGAAAUAUCACAGUAGGCGUAGCUCAAGGAUCAAAGCUCCAUCUCGUAACACCAUCCAGAAGUUUGUUUCACGCAUGUCAAAUUCUCAUACAUUGUCAUCAUCUAGUACUUCUACAUCUAGUUCAGAAAACAGUAUCAAAGAUGAGGAGGAACAGAUGUGUCCUAUUUGCUUGUUGGGCAUGCUUGAUGAAGAAAGUCUUACUGUGUGUGAAGACGGCUGCAGGAACAAGCUGCAUCACCACUGCAUGUCAAUCUGGGCAGAAGAAUGUAGAAGAAAUAGAGAACCUUUAAUAUGUCCCCUUUGUAGGUCUAAAUGGAGAUCUCACGAUUUCUACAGCCAUGAGUUGUCAAGCCCUGUGGAUUCCCCUUCUUCCCUGCGAGCUGCACAGCAGCAAACCAUACAGCAGCAGCCUUUGGCUGGAUCACAACGAAGGAGCCAGGAGAGCAAUUUUAACCUUACUCAUUAUGGAACUCAGCAGAUUCCUCCUGCUUACAAAGAUUUAGCUGAGCCAUGGAUUCAGGUAUUUGGAAUGGAACUCGUUGGCUGCUUAUUUUCUAGAAACUGGAAUGUAAGAGAGAUGGCUCUCAGGCGUCUUUCCCAUGAUGUUAGUGGGGCUCUGCUAUUGGCAAAUGGGGAGAGCACUGGAAAUUCUGGGAGCAAUGGUAGAAGCAGCCCGAGCGCUGGAGCCACCAGUGGGUCUUCCCAGACCAGUAUCUCAGGAGACGUGGUAGAGGCAUGCUGCAACGUUUUAUCAAUGGUCUGUGCUGACCCUGUCUACAAAGUGUACGUUGCUGCUUUAAAAACAUUGAGAGCCAUGCUGGUAUAUACUCCUUGCCAUAGUUUGGCAGAAAGAAUCAAACUGCAGAGACUUCUCCGGCCAGUUGUAGACACCAUCCUAGUCAAGUGUGCAGAUGCCAAUAGUCGCACAAGUCAGCUGUCUAUAUCAACCCUGUUGGAAUUGUGCAAAGGCCAAGCAGGAGAGUUGGCAGUUGGCAGAGAAAUACUUAAAGCUGGAUCCAUUGGUAUUGGUGGUGUUGAUUAUGUCUUAAGUUGUAUUCUUGGAAACCAAACUGAAUCAAACAACUGGCAAGAACUUCUGGGCCGCCUUUGUCUUAUGGACAGACUGCUGUUGGAAUUUCCUGCUGAAUUUUACCCUCAUAUCGCCAGUACUGAUGUUUCACAAGCUGAGCCUGUUGAAGUCAGGUAUAAAAAGCUGCUGUCCCUCUUAACCUUUGCUUUGCAGUCCAUUGAUAAUUCCCACUCAAUGGUUGGCAAACUCUCCCGAAGGAUCUAUCUGAGUUCUGCAAGAAUGGUUACUGCAGUACCCCAUGUAUUUUCAAAACUGUUAGGAAUGCUGAAUGUUUCCAGUUCCACUCAUUUUACCAGGAUGCGUCGUCGUCUGAUGGCUAUUGCAGAUGAGGUGGAAAUCGCUGAGGCCAUCCAGCUGGGCAUAGAAGACAAUUUGGAUGGUCAACAUGACAGCUUUUUGCAGGCAUCUGUCUCUAGCAGCUUUCCCGAAACCACAGAGAACAGCUCCCUUGAGCACACAGACCAUUUAGAGAAAACUGGAAAAGUACUGUGUGCCACAAAACUGAGUGCCAAUUCAGAAGACGUUACUGACAGACUGGGCAGCAUUUCAGUAGGACUUCCUAGUUCAACAACAGUGGAGCAACCAAAGCCAGUGGUUCAAACUAAAGGCAGACCCCACAGUCAGUGUUUGAACUCCUCUCCUUUAUCUCAUCAUUCCCAAUUAGUGUUUCCAUCCUUGUCAACUCCUUCUUCAUCUGCCCCAUCUGCACCAGUUGGUACCGGAACAGAUAUCGCUAAGCAUAGACCUCAGGGAUUCAUUCCCUGCAAAAUACCUUCUGCAUCUCCUCAAACACAGCGUAAGUUUUCUCUACAGUUCCAGAGAAACUGUUCCGAAAACAGAGACUCAGAUAAACUUUCCCCCAUCUUUACUCAGUCAAGACCCCUGCCUUCUAGUACUAUACACAGGCCAAAGCCGUCUCGACCUACCCCAGGUAAUACAAGUAAACAAGGAGAUGUCUCAAAGAAUAGCAUGACACUUGAUCUGAAAAGUAGUACUUCCAAAUGUGAUGACAGCUUUGGUGGCAGCAGCAAUAGCAGUAGUGCUGUUAUACCCAGUGAUGAGACAGUAUUCACCCCAGUAGAAGAGAAAUGCAGAUUAGACGUCAAUACAGAACUCAAUUCCAGCAUUGAGGACCUUCUUGAAGCAUCUAUGCCUUCAAGUGACACAACAGUAACUUUUAAGUCAGAAGUUGCUGUCCUGUCUCCUGAAAAGGAUGAAAAUGAUGAUACAUACAAAGAUGAUGUGAAUCAUAAUCAGAAGUGCAAAGAAAAGAUGGAAGCUGAAGAAGAAGAAGCUUUAGCAAUUGCCAUGGCAAUGUCAGCGUCUCAGGAUGCCCUCCCCAUAGUUCCUCAACUACAGGUUGAAAAUGGAGAGGAUAUCAUCAUUAUUCAACAGGAUACACCCGAAACUCUACCAGGACAUACCAAAGCAAAGCAACCUUACAGAGAAGACACUGAAUGGCUAAAAGGUCAGCAGAUAGGCCUUGGAGCAUUUUCUUCUUGUUAUCAGGCUCAAGAUGUGGGAACUGGAACUUUAAUGGCUGUUAAACAGGUGACAUAUGUCAGAAAUACAUCUUCUGAGCAAGAAGAAGUAGUGGAAGCAUUAAGAGAAGAGAUCAGAAUGAUGAGCCAUUUGAAUCAUCCCAACAUCAUUAGGAUGUUGGGAGCCACAUGUGAGAAGAGCAAUUAUAAUCUCUUCAUCGAAUGGAUGGCAGGGGGAUCUGUGGCUCAUUUGCUCAGUAAAUAUGGAGCCUUCAAAGAAUCAGUAGUUAUUAACUAUACUGAACAAUUACUUCGUGGCCUUUCAUAUCUCCAUGAAAACCAGAUCAUUCACAGAGAUGUCAAAGGUGCCAAUUUGCUAAUUGACAGCACAGGUCAGAGACUGAGAAUUGCAGAUUUUGGAGCUGCAGCCAGGUUGGCAUCAAAAGGAACUGGUGCAGGAGAGUUUCAGGGACAGUUAUUGGGGACAAUUGCAUUUAUGGCACCUGAGGUACUAAGAGGUCAGCAAUAUGGUAGGAGCUGUGAUGUAUGGAGUGUUGGCUGUGCUAUUAUAGAAAUGGCUUGUGCUAAACCACCCUGGAAUGCAGAAAAACACUCCAAUCAUCUUGCUUUGAUAUUUAAGAUUGCAAGUGCAACUACUGCUCCAUCGAUCCCUUCACAUUUGUCUCCUGGUUUACGGGAUGUGGCUCUUCGGUGUUUGGAACUUCAACCUCAGGAUAGACCCCCGUCAAGAGAGCUACUGAAGCAUCCAGUCUUCCGUACUACAUGGUAGCCAUUUACACAAACUAUAAUGGGGACAGGAUGCUCAUCAAGAGAAAAAAACUUUUGUGGGGAACCACGUUGAUAAUCUGCUGGCCUUCAUGCCAACGAACAGCUAUGAACAAGACCAGUGGGAACCCUUACCUAAGUAUGUGAUUGACAAAUCAUGAUCUGUACCUAAGCUUAGUAUGCAAAAGUCCACAGUUUGUGCAGACACUAUAAACUGUGCCUUUCAAAGAACUGGCCAUAGGUAAACAGGAAAGCAAUGAAGUUUGCAUGACUAAUGAACAGAAGCAUAUUUUGGGGUUUUUUGGAGCACUUUUUCAGCAAUAUUAGCAGCUGAGGGGCUCAGGAUCUAUUUUAAUGUUUCAAUUAUUCUUCCAUUUCAUAUCAUGAUCAUAGGCAGGGGGUUCUGCAAUUCCGUUCAGUUUUUUGUCACUGGCUAUAAAUCAGUAUCUGCCUCUUUUAGAUCGGAAUAUGCUAUAAGUAGCAGUAAAUAAAUAUAUUUUUAAAAGUUGAUGACUUCUUUAUGAACCACAGUUGACCUUUAUUUUUUAAAUGCCUGGGCAGUUGUGGUUCACUGUGCAUUUUACUGUUGGCCCAUUCAUUUCGUUUUUGGAAAUUAUGGUUCUAUAUUUUCAUUUCACCUUCACUUUUGUUUAAUAUUCAGGGAAAGGUGAUCUUUUCAAACCAGAAAAAAAAUAGAACUAGAUGUGAACUAGAGUUUAUUAAAUAUCUUGCUAUUCCAAGUGUUUUUUUUUAAUACAGAUUAAUUUUGUUUAAAUUGGAAUAUAAUAAAAUACUACCUUCAUUGAGUCAGUCACUGCUCUUUUCAUGCAGGUUAAAUAUAAAUUAAGUGAAAAUCAACUAUUCUCUGUGAUGCAGCUCACAACCAAGAUCAAGAUUACCUUGAAAUUUAUUUGAGUUCUUUUAAUGUAUUGGUUUCUUUUGUAGGAAACUUCACACCACUGAAGUCUUACUUUGUAUGUAACAAUCCAUCAUUCGUCAUCACCACUAAUAACAACAUGAGACUGCUAUUUUCCUUCUACCAUGCAUCAUCUCUUUCCACUAGGCCUGGCUGACCAUUAAAGAAAAAUUAACUAAUGACCCAACUAUUAAUAAUAGCGUUUGUACAAAAUAAAUCUGCUUGGGACUUUGAAAAUGUGUUCAGAAAGAAAAGUCAAAUGGAUUCCACUUACUAAUCCUUGAAUUUUGCACAAUUAUCUAAUGGUUUUCAUCUGAGUGGAAUUCAGAUACAUGGAAUCUAGAAGGAAAAUGGCAGCUCUUUUAUCCUUUUUUUGUGAGUCUUUUAAAAUCAAGUACUGAUUAAAUAUUUAAUACAGCUUUUUGAGAUGUUAAAUUUUAACUCUUCAGACGCCAGUUGAAUUGUUGCAGAAUGAAACAGAAUUGGUUAUUCUCAAAGACUCAGGAUAAACUAAAUAAGCUAUAUAGAGUACAUUUUAAGUGUACAACACAAAUUGGAAGUAAAAUAAGUUACAAGUUAAGUUUACAGGGAUAUAUUGCAUAUAAUUUUUAAAAGACAGUUUUGGUUUUUUGGGUUUUUGUUUUUUUGUUUUUUUGGGGUUUUUUUCUAUGUGAAUGUGUCUCUUAGUGAAAUUUUACAUUCCUUUGUUUUGGAAGAUUGGCAAUAUUUGAAGAGUUAAAAAUAGUACCGAAAUGUGAAGUUUGGUAGCUCUACAUGUGUUGUACUUGACUUUCUUUUUUAUUUUCUAUCUUUUGUGUGUGACUACUUAGAAUUUUCACAACUCUAAUAAGAUUGUUUCCAAGUUUCUCAUGUGCAAGCUUUAACGGAUGCACUCUUGCCAUUUGAUGUACUGGAAGAUCACUGGUCAGAUCAGUACUGUGUCUGACAGAAAUGUAAACUGUAUAAACUGAGGAACCUCAGCUAAUCAGUAUUACUUUGUAGAUCACCAUGCCCACCACAUUUCAAACUCAAACUGCCUCUAGAUGUCCAAAUCCAUUGUUUGAGUUUGUUUGCAGUUCCCUCAGCUUGCUGGUAAUUGUGGUGUUUUGUUUUUUGUUUUGUUUUCAAUGCAAAUGUGAUAUAAUAUUCUUAUUUUCUUUGGAUCAAAGCUGGACUGAAAAUUGUGUAAUUAUUUUUGUGUUCUUAAUGUUAUUUGGUACUCAAGUUGUAAAUAAUGUCUACUGCUGUUUAUUCCAGGUUCUACUACCUCAGGUGUCCUAUAGAUUUUUCUUCUACCAAAGUUCACUUUCACAAUGAAAUUAUAUUUGCUGUGUGACUAUGAUUCCUAAGACUUCCAGGGCUUAAGGGCUAACUUCUAUUAGCACCUUACAAUGUAAGCAAAUGUUACAAAAAAAAAAAAAAAAAAAAAAAAAAAACUCUGGGUUAAGAAAAUUUGGCUUAAAUGUAUCCUUUGUUAUUUUAAAUAUAUCGAGAUAUUUUAAUUAAAAUUUUUACCCCAUUGAACCAAUUUUAUAGUAUUUGUACCUAUUUUGGUGUUUUGUCUUUAUAGUAAAUAAAAGUUUUUGAACAAAA